AUGAUCAUGAGUCCUCGAAUAGCUUCAUCCAGAUACGUAGAGGUGGUGCAAUCCGAAAAUUCGGUUCGAAAACUCACCGAUAUUUCGGAUGGAGCUAGGGCAACAGAAGCCGGCGAUACAGCAGAUAUGGAUGUUACUAAUAGUAACCUUACUCAUAAUGCUUUACACGUUCCCAGUAGUCUGCAUUCCUGGUCUACUCAAAACGUUCAGGAGCUCGGGUCUUAUGCUGGUCCAUCAGGCUUCAAUCAUCUUCGGCUUCGAGGUAGACGAGGUGACUCAUCGAUGGUGAAAGAUAAUAACAAUAAUAUCCAGGGUUACCGCAAAAAACGUCAUGGGCACCUUUCUGGCCGAUACACAGACUUCUCUACGGCUGCGCCUGUCUCUGUGACUAUGGCAGAGAGAAGUGAUACAAACGGGAUUCAAUAUCAUACACAAUCCAGCCAAAUGGCGAUGCCCCAAGUCUCCCAUGUGGGAGCGGAGCUUAGCUUAAAAUUAGAUCAAUUUCCUUGUUGUUGUGACAUAUGCCAUAUAACCGCAAAUUACGCAGAUGAAAAGUCUGCUACCAUCUAG